AUGAAAAUACCAGAGACUGGAAAUGUUGGAGCAUAUUAUGGCAAUGAAGAACAUGGACAGUGGCAGCCAAAUGGUGUGAUCAUAGAUAACGGAGUGGGUGGUGGGAUUGUUGGUAGUGGAGACGCAGGUGUACUAAGACCACCUGCACCUGUAUACCCUGUGCACAUGCCAAGAGGGGGCCCAAUGAGCGGUGAGUGUAUGAUAGUCCACUGGGGCAUGGGACAGAAUAUGUACUCAAGUGAGUGCGGUUACAUGAUGGGUGGUGGUUACUAUGGUGCAGCAGGUCCAGGGUAUCCACCUGAUGACUUUUCUGACUACAUGUGGAUGGAAAAUGAAGAAGAGUUUGACAAACAGGUGAUGCAACAGUUGGAAGAAGAGGCGCUAAUGGAGCAAUGCAUAGAAGCUAUGUUAGAAGACGAACAGCGAGAAAGACGUGCCGCAAGGGACAAUGGACACGGCUCUACCACAAGCAACAGUUCAACUCCUGUGUCCCUUCAAGAAGCCAUCUCAAAGUCUACCCUUAAUCCCUUAGCUGCUGAGUUUGUGCCAGGAAGGGCUUGUCCACCACCAGAAGAGAGAUCAGAUCCACCAGAAUCAAAGGAGCUACCCAAGGAAGACACACAGACCACUGAACCAGAAAGUACAGAUGCUCAGAUUACAGAUGAAAAAGAGUCAACACCACAAACAGAACCUCCAGAAGUGAGUGCAGCAGAUGUUCAACCAAUCGAAGACGACAAGAAAUCAAAAGAAAAACCUAAAUCAAAGUCUGACAAGAAGAAGCCAGAAGUUAAACCAAAAGCAAAAGUUGACAAUAAAGUAAAAAAAGACCCCAAACUUAAAACUGUACAAAGUGAUGUGAAAGCUGCCCCCAGUGAAAGUGUUAAGAAUGAAAUUAAAAGUGUUCACAGCGAGAAAUGUGUCAAAAGUGAAGUGCAAAGUGAAGAUAACCAGAGCAUAGAGGUUGUUAAGCAAUCAUCCCAACCACCAUCCGACGAGCCUUCAUCUGGAUUCAAACCCGUAAACUACGCAGCAGCUGCUAAGGCCAACAAGCCCAAGAAAGCCACUACGCCUCCUGCCUCACUCCCCGAGAAGACCAUACCACCCAAAACUGAAAAACCAAAAGAUAAAAACCCACCAAAAACCACAGCCCCAAAAGUAAAAACUGACAAACCGGCUGUCAAAGUUGACAAACCGAUCCAAAGGAAGAAUUCAACUAAAUAA